CCUGACGAAACAAUGGUUUCAUCCAACUUGUUUGUUUCCCAGGAAAAUAGUGAGAGAAGAGACAAUGACGUCAAGAGCUGCAACGCCGCCUUACCCGAGUGCGGCCAGGAUCGCCGAUUCCCCAUGCUUCCCACAAUACACGGCCUCUCUUAAAUGUCUGGAAGAAUACGGCUCUGACAAGAGUAAAUGCCAAGAACAUUUUGAUGUUUACAAGGAAUGCAAGAAAAAGGAGAGGGAGGCUCGUUUGGAACGUAACAAGAAUCGGUCUUUGUUCUCCUGAAAUCCCUCUUGAGAUUUUCUUCCAUGUUCAUGAAGGUGAAGUUACGAGUUAAUAGGGUUAACUGAUACUGGACUCAAAAUCUGUAUAAUGGGUGACUAUGUUAUGGAGCAUAGAAAUAUUUUAAGAAUGUUUUCUAUUUGUGUGGAAUAAUAGCGACUGUCUUUGACUUAGCUAUGGCAUACAUCUUGAGUU